GCUUGCACAUAUGGUUCUGGAGGCUCCGGUUGCUCGUUGGAGUGGCUGCCAGGCUCUAAAGUUCUCAGCUGACCACACCAGUAACUAAAUAUAGGAGCAGCUGGUGCGGACGGGGUGUCGCAGUGGCUCCUUUGGAGAGAUCUUGGGACAGCAGAUAAGGCACAGGCCCCUUUGUGAGCAGUAGACCGGCCUGAGGGCUGGCAGCAGGACACCCACGUCUGCAUGCUGAAGAAGAUGGGUGAGGCUGUGGCCAGAGUAGCGAGGAAGGUCAACGAGACGGUGGAGAGCGGCUCUGACACCCUGGACCUGGCCGAGUGCAAGCUGGUUUCCUUCCCCAUCGGCAUCUACAAACUCUUGCGGAAUGUCUCUGACCAGAUCCACCUCAUCACACUGGCUAACAACGAGCUCAAGUCCCUCACCAGCAAGUUCAUGACCACAUUCAGUCAGCUUCGAGAACUCCAUCUGGAAGGGAACUUCUUGCACCGCCUCCCCAGCGAGGUCAGUGCCCUACAGCACCUCAAGGCCAUUGACCUGUCCAGGAACCAGUUCCAGGACUUUCCCGAGCAGCUCACCACCCUACCGGCACUGGAGACCAUCAACCUGGAGGAGAACGAGAUUGUGGAUGUGCCUGUGGAGAAGCUGGCCGCCAUGCCGGCCUUGCGCAGCAUCAAUCUCCGCUUCAACCCACUCAAUGCCGAGGUGCGCGUCAUCGCCCCACCGCUCAUCAAGUUUGACAUGCUCAUGUCUCCAGAGGGCGCACGGGCCUCCCCACCGUAGGCCACCUUCCUCACGCCCGC